AUGUAUGUAUGUAGUAUAUUUACAACGCUAGUCUUGUAUAUCUUUUUUCUACGGUAAUGUAUGGGUAUCAACGAUACGUACCACAUAAUAUUGAUUUUUCACAAUUUGUAAACAUUCAUUUGGAAUAUGAACGAUAUAUUUAGGAUAAAGACGAAGCUAUACUGUUUAGGUAUUAGAAUUAAACGCACAUCAUGUCAAAAAUAACUGGAUACGAUACACACGAUGACGGACCAGGUUUUGUUGGUAUUCGAUUUUGUCAGGAAUGCAAUAAUAUGUUGUAUCCUAAAGAAGACAAAGAAAAUAAAGUACUGAUGUAUGCUUGUAGAAACUGCGAUUUCAAACAACUGGCCGAUAGUAAUUGUAUUUAUGUGAACAAAAUUAUGCACGAAAUUGACGAACUAACACAUAUUGUAGCAGAUGUGAUAUCAGAUCCUACUUUACCGAGAACAGAGGAACACCCGUGUCCAAAGUGUAAUCACAGGGAAGCUGUAUUUUUCCAAGCACAGACCAGGCGAGCGGAAGAAGAAAUGAGAUUAUAUUAUGUCUGCACCAAUCAACAUUGUUCUCAUAGGUGGACAGAAUAAAAUAUAAACUAUAAUCUACUCUAAAAUAUAAACUAUGUAUACACGUAAGUUUAAUAAAACAUGUAUACUGUUAGGAAACAAAUCGAAGAAAUUUAAGAGGAGACUAGAGCGCGCAUAACUUAUAUGCAUACUUGGAAUGCUUUAAAUGUAUGUACAUGUGAUUAUGUCACCUUGUGUCGUCAAUGAAUUAUGAUAAAAGUAGGGCAUACAAUAAAUAAAUAGAGGGUACAGGAUUA